UCUACUAAUACCAGGUCAUUGCCAGUCCAAAAGAAGGAAACAGAGGGACUCCUUUUUGGAAAGUGAAAAGUAGGUGAAUCUGGCCGUCAUCGGAUUCUAUCGCCGCCGGUGAAGAUGUCGUCCGGAAGGUACAUGGCCUACUCACCAUCUCCAUCUGCUCCUCAGUCUCCUCAUAUCGCCGGACUACGCUCUGCUUCCUCUGCCAUCGCCGAGCAAGAGAAGUAUCUCUCAGAGUUACUUGCAGAACGCCACAAACUCGGCCCAUUUGUGCCUGUCCUUCCUCACUGCUACCGAUUGCUGAAUCAGGAACUUUUGCGUGUAACUACACUGUUGGGGAAUGCAUCAGUUUUAGAUCAGAAUGGGCUUGAACAUGCUAGCCCCCUGGCUUCAGGAGGAAUGUUUUCAAAUGGAGGAGCUAAUGUGGACAGAUGGGCAUCACCAUUUCAUUCAGAAAUAUCAGGUUUAAUGCACUCCCCGUCGACUCAAAACUGGCUUAAUACUCAAAGUAACUCAUCAGGCCUCAUAGUGAAGCGAACACUCAGAAUUGAUAUACCAGUGGAUCAAUAUCCUAGUUUACCUUUGCAGUACAAUUUCGUGGGCCGACUCCUGGGCCCUAGAGGGAACUCUCUAAAGCGAGUGGAAGCUACUACUGAAUGCCGGGUUCUGAUAAGAGGACGCGGAAGCAUCAAAGAUCCAGUAAAGGAAGAAAUGAUGAGAGGCAAACCGGGGUAUGAGCACCUGAAUGAGCCUCUACAUGUUAUUGUGGAAGCUGAACUGCCAGUGGAGAUCAUUGAUGCCCGGCUAUUGCAAGCACGUGAGAUAUUGGAAGAUCUGCUCAGGCCUAUGGAUGAGUCACAGGAUUUCUACAAAAAACAGCAGUUGCGUGAACUUGCAAUGCUCAAUGGUACUCUUCGUGAAGAAGGUUCUCAAAUGUCUGGUUCUGUUUCCCCCUUCCACAACAGUCUUGGGAUGAAGAGGGCUAAAACCAGAGUGUGAUCUUUGUCUAGUGGGAUUUGGAGCUUGUGCAUUGAUACACACCACUAACCAACCAGCAGGUCCUAUAUGCAACAGAUGUUGCUAUAACGUCAGAUGCCUCGCACUGCCAUCGGGGCACUGGUGCUGUUCUGUGCCAGUUCUAACUUGUCUCUAUAAUGAUAUGAAGUGUGUUUAUGUUCCGGUCAGGGAAGAUUUAGUAAACAGUAAGCCAUAGUUGUGGACCGCUUAGAGGUUUGCUUGAUGUCGCCAGAGCGCUGUCUUACCAAUCAUUGUAUUAUUCCAUUAUUUUCUAGUUUGUGAUUUGAAGGUGUGGGAAUGCCUGUAAUGCUAGCGAGGCGUGUCUGUACUGAUAAAAAAGAAGAAAAAAGAAAAAGAGAAGGUGAGGUGAAGAUCUAUGUUUACAGUUUUUCUGCAGUUGGUGCCUUUUCUGCUCUCCUUUGGAACAUUAUGUAAUAUUUUAGGAGAGCAUUUUUAUUAAUGUUGUGAACAUCAAAGCACUUGACACCAUUUAUUUAUGGUUUAAGCUCAGUUUCUGUUUGUAUA